AUGAUCCCCUUGACCAUCCUAGCUGCUGUAUCCGCCUCGCUGGCAGCACCUUUGGGCCAAGUCCAGCUUGGUGGAGACGUACACAUACUUCACGGUACACUUUCUUCAUGGGCUCGUUCGGUCAAGAAAGACUUCCUAAGCGACAUUCGGGCAUGCGCACCCGCCAUCCGAACCAACACUACCUCUCAAUCGGAGGCUUGCGCCAGAGCUUCCGAAUGGUCUAUUGUCAUGGGCAACGAGGCUGGUGACCUCGACUCCCUUACCAGCGCAAUUGCUUGGGCCUUUUACCUCGCUCAUGAGAAUAUGGAUGACAAUAAUACCAAAGGAAAAGGAAAUAAGGGAAAGAAAGGAAAGCACCAUAAUCCCAAAGAACGUCCCGUCGUACCCCUGCUUCAGACUGAAGAAGAUGCCAUCGACCUACGCCCUGAAAAUAAACUCGCUCUGCGAGAGUAUGGCAACAUGAGGCGCGGACACGCCGAUAUUCUCACCAUUGACGAGCUACCUCUUCCUCCCGGCGAGAUAGCACCACAUCUUGGGGGUAUUUACCUCGUAGAUCAUAAUCGUCUCCGCUCCGACUGGGGAGAAGCUGGCGCCAAGAUAGUCAAAGGUGUCUUGGAUCACCACAAUGAUCUUGAAUUGUAUCCUAAUGCCAAGCCUCGCGUUAUCGAACCCACCGGCUCUUGUGCCAGUCUUAUUGUACACGAAAUUCUUCAACUGUGGGACAAGGAUGAUGAUGACCGAGUGUACAAUGAGCGGGAGUGUGUAGAUAAAACUGCGUUUAAACAGAAGCAGCACCCUACAGAUAUCCCAACGGAACUUGCAGAUUUGUUGCUUGCUGUUAUUGCCCUCGAUACAGACGACUUUCACCGUGGAACUGGACGCGACCUCCAUGCAUCUAAAGCUGUAUGGCGUUGGAGCUCCUUCUGCGGAGAUGGGGAAGAUAGGGAUGAUGUUAUGGAUCGACUUGACAAAGAGCUUGGGACUGCCAAGAAGGACUUGAGGCACUUGAAUGUUAGAGAUCUUCUUAGGCGAGACUGGAAAGGCGAUAUCAUUCCGGCUCCGAACGCAUCUGCCCCUGCUCUUCACCUCGGAAUCGCCUCCAUCCCUGUGUCAAUGCGAAAUCAAAUUGCUCGCGUCGGAAACCAUACUCCAGCCGCGUGGUUUGAAGCUGAGAAGGCUUGGACCAAAGAAAUCUAUGCCGACGUCAGUUUGGCGCUUACAAGCUACCGCGAGGGAGGUAUAGGCGAUGAGUCUAUCCCUUCCAACUUCGACGACGAAGACGAUAACGAUAACGACAACGAUGAUGAUGACGAUGAUGGCGAUACAAAGAAGGGAGCCAAGCGUCGCGAAAUUGCGCUUGUGGUGCAGGACGGCCGGCGCUUGACCCGCGACAUGGCUAACUCACUAUUCGAGACGAUCAAGUCUGAAAUCGAAACGGCUUCUGAACUCAACGUCACAGCCUGGACCAUAGAUCUUGGCGGUCAGAGACGAGCGAUAUGGGAUCAAUUUUAUACUAAAGCGAGUAGGAAAGUUGUUCGACCAGUUGUCGAGCGAGCCGUAGAGGGGUGGUAUGGUCAACCAGUAUACCGCCAAUUGUUAGGUGAGGCAUAG